AUGAGAGCGUUACUCACAUUUCCGGUCCUGAAGCCCUUCCCCUGCUAUCAGACACAGACAUUGCGGAGUAUGACACUACUAAACCUAGGCAACCAGAAGACGGCUAAGGGUGUGAUCACUCUCUUCGAGACCUCGAGAACCGGCGACCGAUUCAAAAAGACAGACCUCAAGUUUGGCGACCAUCACGGGGAACACCCCACCAAAACACAGACCAUAACAGUGGACAGGAGUAAGAAAGUGCAGAAAGUGAUCGGUUUUGGCGGUUCGUUCACCGACGCCACCGGUUAUAUGAUCUCACAGUUACCACAAGAUCUUCAGAAACACGUCAUCAAAGACUACUAUUCAGCCAAUGGUAUUGAAUAUAAUCUCAACCGUCUGCCCAUCGGUGGCGCCGACUUCUCCCGACGCGCCUAUAGUUACGACGACGGAAACGAUGGAGACUUUGACCUCAAGAAGUGGGCGCUUACUCAGGAGGACAAGGAGUAUAAGAUCCCAUUCAUGAAACUGGCCAAAGAGGUGGGCGCUCACCCCCAGAAAUUCUUUGGAAGUCCCUGGUCUGCCCCGGCCUGGAUGAAAAACAACACUCAACUCAAUCACGGCGGUUAUCUUAAGGGCCAACCCGGCGAACAGUACUACAAGACUUUUGCCAAAUACUUUGUUAAAUUCCUGGACGCAUACAAAGCCGAGGGACUGGACAUGUGGGGCAUAACCAUCGAGAACGAGCCCUCAGCCGGAAAUCAGCCCAACUAUGGCUUCAAUUCAAUGGGUUUCACGAAAGAGAUUCAGAAGGAGUUUAUUAAGAAGGAUUUGGGACCCACUCUACAGGCGGCCGGUUAUGGCGCCGACAAACUCCAGGUCAUGAUCUUUGACGACCAGAGAGAUGUGGUGCACGAGUGGGCCCAGUAUAUCAUGGGCGACAAGGAUGCGGCCAAGUAUGUCCACGGCACCGCUUUCCACUGGUAUGUCAACCGACCCGACAAUCUGGGUAACUUGAAAAAGGCCCAUGAUGCCGACCAGUCCAAGUAUAUUCUCAACACUGAGGCAUCAAAUGGCGGAGUUCCUAACUUGGGUAACUGGGGCAACUUGGAGAAUGAUGCCAGAGAUAUUAUCACGGAUCUGAACAACUUCGUGGCCGGUUGGGUCAACUGGAACAUGGCUCUGAACCCCCAGGGAGGUCCCAACUGGGCUAACCUGACCGCCGAUGCGCCGGUCAUUGUGGACCCCAGCAAACAAACCUAUUACAAACAGCCCUCCUUUUACGGGUUGGGCCACUUCAGCAAAUUCAUAGCACCCGACUCUGUCCGCAUCGACGCCCAACAGACCCUCAAUUGGGAUCAAUUGCAUACCACUGUCUUCGAGCGACCCGACGGCGCCGUUGUGGUCGUUGUCCUCAACACCAGCGAUGAUUUGGUUGAGUUCAACAUCAAAGAGGGCGGCCAACAACUGUCCCAUUUUGUGAGGGGACACUCCAUACAGUCGUAUAUCUAUUAUAACUAAGAAAUUUGUGGAAAUGUUUUUUCUCCAAAGAUUAUUUCAUAU